UAGAGUUUCUCUGAAUACAAUUGACUCUGGUCUGUUGAUUUGGGGUCCCUCUCUGAGCUCAUGAAGGGAAAAGACUGGACAGAAAGGGGAACUGCUGUACUUCAACAGAACAACAAACUAAACAACGUUACAAUUCUGGGGGCUCGAUCCAGGGAUCAUCAGUUGGAGGCUAAACUCGUGAUGCCCCAAGAUCUGGUGGUUUAUCAGACCUGGCAAUACUGGAGAGAAAUCUCUGUUAUAAGGUGAGCAAAUAAGGAAUUUUGCCCACAUGACUCUGGUUUUCAUCUGGCCCUGUUCUCUUAAAACAAAAGAUGGCAAUGUAACAAAGAAACUCUUAUCAUUAGUAUAAAACUCUGCUAGACUAGUCAAAUCACUCUGUUAGUCUAGAUUGAAGAAGAUUGUGUUUGUUCCAGGCAUGGACUGCCCAUGCCUCCAACCCCCCCUCCCGCUCCCCCUCCCAGUCUAAUGAUUCAGCACUCUAUGUUCUAUCUGCAGAAUUAACUGCCCUCUCUGAUUUCAUGUUGUACUUUAUGUCGUAAAUGAAGAUUUUUGUAUCAGUAGGACUUACGACAACCGGAAGCAUUUGGCUAAACUCCAGUUGCUCUCACCCAGCUCUAUUCCUUAUCACACCUACGACGUUCUCACACACAUACAUCCUGCUUUCUCCUCCUCACACUACAGCCCUUUUCCUCACACACCUCAGUCCUACAAAUACCUUCCCUCUACUGCUAAUAAACUAGAGCUUCUCUGACUACAACUGAAUCUGGUCUCUUGAUUUGUGGUCCCUCUCUGAGCUCAUAAAGGGAAUAGACUGGACAGAAAGGGGAAAUGCUUCGCUUCAACAGAACAACAAACUAAAGAAUGUUACAAUUCUGGGAGCUCGGUCCAGAGAUCAUCAGUUAGAGUUCAGUUGGAUGAGGCUGUAGAUGAACAUAAAUGGCACUGGAUGAGGUGAGCUUGACACUGGAUGAGGUGAGCUUGGCACUGGGGUGAUGUGAGCUUGGCACUGCGUGAUUGUGAGUUUGGCAUUGAGCAAGGUAAGUUUGGCACUAGAUGAGGUGAGCUUGGCAUUGGAUGAGGUGAGCUUGGCACUGGAUCAGAUCAGUUUGGCAUUGGAUGAGGUGUGUUUGACACUGGAUGAAAUGAGUUAGGCACUGGAUAAAGUGUGCUUGGCUCUUUAUGAGGUGGCCAUUGAUGCACACCCUCCUCAACAUGAAAACAGGCCAACAGCUUACCCCAUCCCACUCAGACAGACUCAACCAUGACUUCUGUAUUACAAUUGGAUUGCAUAUGGUGAAUAUAUUAAUUAGCUCUAAUUUGUUUAGAAUUGAGAGUAUGAUGUCCACUACUUUGUUAAGCUAAAUAAUGCACCUUGUCUUGUACAAAAAAAGGACAGUAUAAAUGCACUGUGCAUUGGUAGUUAUAUAGAGUAUGAAGCAGAGAACUAAUUUGAUAAUAUCAUCUUAUUAUAGUGCUAGUCUUAUAUUCUCACCAAACAAUUAAUAACUUAGAAUAUGUUUUAAAAUUUAUUGUCAGGUUAGUGAUUGAGAUUAGAUGCUUCAAACAUAAGAAAUAUGUUUGAAGCAAAACAUUUUUUAACAAAAAGACUCUUAUGCAGAAGUAUUAAAACUAAUAUUUAGAAUUGUUCAUUGUAGUUUGGCAGAAAUAAAUAUCAAUAUUCAAAACCUCUAGAAAUAGCAUUAUUUAAGAGUUUGUUACAAUUACAAAUGUAAUUGCUCUUGGAAAAUAGGAUAAGGUCCACAAAGAAACCAUACAGGAAGCUGAUGUUUUUACUCCUUGUAUUCACCUAAAAUAAAACCUUUCUGAUAAAUAUGCUUCACUCUGAUAUGGCUACCUUUGGAAGAUGUUUGUAAUUACCUCUUCUGCAUUCUAAAUUUACACUCAGCAUCUUGCUCUUGCACAUGCUUUACUCUAAAUGAGUGGCUCUUACAUGAAACGUACUCACUCAAGCUCACACAUAUACAUACGCACACACAGGCUUGCAUAUAUAUGGAUGUAAGUGUACUUUUUUUUAGUAGACACAGUGGACCAUGCUAUGAUGUCGAUGUGUUCUGAAGUGCUUAUUGGCAGAAGAUUUUGAUUUGUAUUGUUUUGUCACUGGGAAUACUGCAUCCAGUUCACUCUCCUACUGCCUAUAGGUCUCUCUCUUCCUCCCUCUGCAGUAUAUGUGUUGUCUAACAUUACUCUCUCUCUCCCUCCCUCUCCAGUAUGUGUUCUAUCUAACAGGUGUGAGAGGGAGAGAAAUGGAAAACAAGUGAAAAUUCCACAACUUGAACCUCAUAACCCCACACCUGGUGUAAGGUGGGCUCAAACCCAGAGUGAUUUCAGCACCAGCCAAAUCGAAGACUUCAAAGAGGCUUUCUCACUAUUCACUAAGACUCCCACAGGAGAGAUUUCCUUUGGUCAGUGUGGUGAUGUCAUGCAGGCCUUGGGACAGAACCCAACCAGUUCAGAAGUUCUGAAGGUGCUGGGAAUGCCAAAGCCUGAAGAUGGCCAUGAGGAUGUUUGGCAGCUCCCAGUCAAGACUGUAAAAUUAGGCACGCAUCAGCUGAGCAAGACUUUUUGAUCUGAAAUGGGCUCCAUGAUUGACUCUGAGACGUUCCUGCCCAUUUUACAGCAAAUCUCAAAGUCAUCGGAGAAGGGCACAUAUGAGGACUUUGUGGAGGGGCUGCAUGUCUUUGACGAGGAAGGCAAUGGAACAGUCAUGGGUGCUGAGCUUCGCCAUGUCCUCGCUACACUUGGUGAGAAGCUGACUUUGAGAGAAGUUGAUCAGAUACUCAUGGGGCAGGAGGAUCCAAGCAGCUCCAUCAUCUAUGAAGUUUUUGUAAAACACAUCAUGACAGGAUGAAUGAUUAAUUAAGCCAAUUAUUUGGUGUCUAGAUUCCUGAGAAAAAGUUCAGAAGCCAGGAAAGAAGCAUAGCUAUCUAAGAGACACGUGCCAGUUCUAUACUCCAUCAUGAAAGAAUUACAUUCAGAAUCUUUACAGAUCUAAUCCAUUCUGGAUCAUUAUCAGCGGAUGCCCUUAAUGUCUCCAAGUUGCCCACUAACUUGUCAUUAAUGUGUACAAUGUUAAUGCAGAAUUUCAAAAAUAAAAGUAAUUUUUGUUUUUAAACUGCA